AUGCCUACAGAUGUAAGGAUCAAAAGGCUUAUUCAGGGAGCAACUAUAGGAGGCUGGUCUUCUCUAGUCAGCCAGCAGCUGCUCCAGCUUCCAGGUCAACAUGAAGGCUCUCCUACCCUGGCACUCCUCCUGCUUUCUGCCACUGUUCAGGCCAAAGUCUAUGAACGCUGUGAGUUGGCCAAAAUUCUGAAAAGUAAAGGAAUGCAUGGCCACGCUGGAUUCAGGCUGGCAGACUGGCUGUGUUUAGUUCAUCAUGAGAGUGGAUAUAACACCCAAGCUAUAACCCACCAUCACCGAGUCGCAGACUAUGGGAUAUUUCAGAUAAAGAGCCGAUUGUGGUGUGAUGAUGGCAAAAACAAAAACCCACGAAAUGGCUGUGGGAUACCCUGCAGCGCUCUGCUGCAGGAUGACAUCACUCAAGCCAUAGAAUGUGUAAAGACAGUUGCGAGGCAUGGAGAAAGCCUUUUAGCAUGGAUGUCAUGGAGAAAGAACUGUAAGGAGAAAGAUCUGCCUCAGUAUGUUCAGGACUGCGGAGUCUAACCACUAUGUGCUUCACUUCAGCUCUUGCUGUCUCUUUCUCGCUAUAGGAGAAGUCACUUCCUUGCUUUCUUCUCUCUUCAAACAAACAGAAUCUACACAGAAACAGGAGCAGAAUAGAGACAUUUCCUAAGAGGCUUAAUGCCGACAUCCAUGUCCAUUGUGUUCCACAAGCCUCCAGCGUUCAGUUAGCUGGUGCAGUGGAUGCUGGUGACAUCACCCAGCACUUUGGUCAUCACACACAUCUCUACACAUCAGUUCUUCACCAAUGAAGAAAUUCACAUUAAGUUUAAUCAGAAUUAACCUAAAUCUCCCCUGUGUUGGAUAAAAAGACAACAAGUAUUUACAGGAGACAAGAUGGACUUAGGUAAAAUGGCAGCUGUGUGAGCUCCAAGGCUUUGUGUGUGGGCUCAGCAUCCAGACAGUUAGAACAGCCACUGUGGUGGGCAAGGAGGGUUUGAAGGGAACAGAACUCUGAGUGGAUGACAACUGAGAUUCCCUGAACUCAGAACCUUGUUGUGAUCAAAUGUGUGACCUUUCCCAACAGUGCUUUCUUAGAGCUGGCCCAUUUAUACUGCUUAAAAAGUAAAUCUCAACCCAUGUGCAGUCUGUUUUAACCCUUGAGAGAAUGUUCCCAUGCCUCUUGCUGACCAUGAGGGUAUUCAGGAGGGACUAGUGAGCUGUGCUUGACCUUAACUUUCUUAA